GAUGUUGUUUUGCAUGAGGAUAUAUAAGACCUUGGCUGAACUGAUCUCGGUUCAUUUGUUUUGCGGUCAACAGCGGUAGAAGAGUAAACAUGAAGACCUUCCUGCCCCUCGGUCUUACACUUCUGGCUGUAGCAGCCAACGCUGCUCCUGCUGCCCAGACGGGUUCUCUCUCCGGCACCAGUAUGUGGGGCAAUAAUGUGGGGAAUAAGCCAGCGCCUCCAAGCCACUCCAUCCACAAUGAUGACGUAAAGCCAACAGCCUCACCAUCUGACGAUUCCUCGGAAGAAACUUCCUCGGAAGAAACUCCUUCUGAAGGAAGUUCCUCGGAAGAAAGUUCAGAAGAAGACAAGACUGAGGUUCCAGCCACCAUCACAUCUACCCAUAUAAAGAAGCCAUUUACCUCUCCCAACAAUGUAAAUAAACUUGUUGCAUCCUCCAGCUUCAGCAAAUUCUACUCAGCGUGAUAUCUCCUCCAGGGGCGGAAAGUCACCCUGAUGCUGCUGAAGGGCUCGUGAUCCAGGGAUUUGGAGUUUCCCUUCCCUUCCUCGGGUCAAACCUUAUUGCCUCCCAUUCCCCCGGGCUCUGACUGACCCCUCCCCCUACGGAUUUAGCACUUCCUCGUGAAUAAUAAAUAUUCUCCAGUGGAUUGUAUCAAAAUUUAGAAAUAUACUUAAUUAUCUUACAUAUUAUACAUACAAGUCUGUAUUAUAUAUACAGUUGUAUGGAUAUACGUGACCAUACACCCGAAGGACCAACUCCAGGUGUAAGGUAAGAUUUUGUUGGGAUUUUUAACCCGGGUGGGUUAGCCAACCCAGGAUAAUCCUAGAAAGUCAGUGAGUCAUCUAGGACUCUGUCUUAUUUCCACUGUGGUCCUCAGUCUUGUCCCCCAGGAUGCCACCCACACCAGUCCACUAACACCUAGGUACCUACUUACUGAUAGGUGAACAGGGACAGCAGGUGUAAAGUGACUAACACCCAGGUACCUACUUACUGAUAGGUGAACAGGGACAGCAGGUGUAAAGUGACUAACACCCAGGUACCUACUUACUGAUAGGUGAACAGUGACAGCAGGUGUAAGGAAGCACGCCCAAUGUCCCCACCCGACCGGUGAUUGAACCACGGACACUCAGUGUGUGAGGCGAGAGAGUUGUCUACCACGCCACCGAAGUUCAGUCACAAGCUCCAUAAUAUUAAACGUCAUAACCAUGAUUUUUGAAGAGGUGGAACGGUAAGCCAGCGGAAGGCCUCGGUCAGAUGACCAAAAGCUCCAGCUGUGGGUCAUCAUAUAACUAAGACCAGCGUCAGGAAACACUUGUCCCGUUUCCUGACAAGCAUUAUACCUACCUGACCAGUUCUCCAGACUGCUGACUUGAUCAAUCAGACUGAUGGUGCUAGCAGCAGCAGCUUUACGACUGGUCAAGAAUUGUCAGGAGUACCUUACAUUCCUUCUUCUCAGCAGACAUCGCUUCUGCGAGUUAAAAAUCAGAAGAACUUUCUCUGCAAGACUCACGAUAUCUUCAGUCUUCUCAGAAACAGCCUAAAAAAGGGUCCCAGGUCUGACAGAGGGUCUAAGAUGGUUUUAGUUCCUUUAGGAGAAACUGACAGGUCGUAGAUCUGUCAGAGGUAAUUAAGAGACCAGUUAUUUCACGAGGGAAUACUUCAGUCGUAGGUAGAUGGAUGUGGCCUAAUGUAUCCUGACAACCUUGCGACGGUCUGGAGUUUUGAGACUGAUCGCGGGUUCUAACCCCGCCCGUGGUAUGGGUUGCUUGGUAAGUAUAUUUAGGUACAGGUGCACAUAAAUACUGUUACACAAAUUAUCAUACAUGGUAACAUAUGCAGAACAACUACUGUGAAGAGAAUAGUGAACUUUCAAGAGCUUUCCUGAUUUCUCACAUUAUCAAGGAACUGUGAAAUCACAAAAGCGCCUGGAAUUUCACUAUUUUUUUCACAGUGCUUGUUCUGUAUAUUGUGAAACCACCUGUUUACUGUGACCAUAUUACACAAUAACAUAUGUGUAAAUUAUCCAAGAUAACCCAAAAUAAGUCAAAGUGAGUAAUUUGCACUGGGCUCGUCAACUUAAGUACUUUGUUAAUGUCGAUACUAACAUCGGUCCUAAGGGUGAGACUGGAAUCUUUCAAGUGCUGGACUUAACAUUUUCCAGCACCUAAAUACAACUGGAACUCCGGUUACUACCUACUCGUGAGACCAUACCUAGUUCCUACAAGAUACUCCCUUAGCAUACACCAAAUCUGUGUGUGUUGGUAGUGAAGAGUACGUCAGCCACUGACCCACCAUAUACCUCUGUAAUCUUCUAACUACCGCCCCCAGGAUGGGUAUGGGGUAUAUAAUGAAGAUAUUAAAUUAAGUAGCC